GCAUAACAGGGCUGCAUAGACUGCUCUGGAGGCUUGAGUGGAGAAGGGUAAUAGGGGAUCUCUUCAUGUUCACCCUUUCUGGAACUUAACUGAUGUUUGACAAGUUUUUCACUUCUCUAGAGCAUGUAAGAGCUGGAGACAGAGUAGGAGAAUUGUUUCAGGAAGUGUGGGACUAGGAAUUGGAGAUAAUGUCUGGACCACCAGACUCAGACGAUGACAGAACCUUCAAAGACUUGAAUGUUGUGGGGAUGCUUCACAAGUUCUGGGAGCAGAAAUAUGUGAAAAGCACAAUGAUGGAGACAGAGAAUCUGGUAGUCUAUGAGUCCAUUCCCUCACCCAGCCCUCCGUACAUAUGCUACAUCACCUUACCAGGUGGAAGCUGCUUUGGAAAUGUUAAGUAUUGCUACAGUAAAGCAGAGGCCAGACGUGAUGCAGCUCGAAUCGCUUUGAUGAACUCCACGUUUAAUGAGUUGCCCUGUCGCCAUAUCACUCCUGAGUUCAUAGCAUGCAGCGUUAAAGAGGCCGUCAGCACCACCAGUGGCAACAUUGCAGAUGCCUCUGACCCCAGUACCAGUAUAGGAGCCUACUGCCUCAUGCUGGAGAUGAACACUGGGAGAACCAUGUUGGAAUUUCAGGAAAUAAUGACAGUUUUUCAGCUUUUGCACUGGAAUGGCACCCUGAAGGCUUUUCGGGAGAUGAGAUGUAGCCGUCAGGAAGUGAUCGAUUACUAUUCACAACAGCAUCUGGACGAGCACACACGCAGCCACAUGGCUUUGGACUGGUUACAGAAGGAGCAUCAAUCCCCUGGUCUGCUUUCCCAAGAGCUGCAGCUGGCCGUGAAGGAGCUGGGGGAAGCCCGGCGGGCUGGCAGGGAACUCCGCUUCUACAAGGAGAAGAAAGAAAUCCUGCGCUUAGCUCUCAAUCACGCUAAUUCCGAGGAUUUGGAGGAAUACCACAGUGAGGAGGCAUCCUGGAAAGAAGACACUGGGUUUGAGUAUUACACUCAGGGGUGUCACUGUCUGGAGGGGAGUAUGGUGGAUUCUUCAGGGCACUGUUACUUUCACUCUCAGGACAGUGUGAGUGAUGGAGAGUCUGUAGAAUGAGCUGUGUAAGACAGGACGUCUUGUUUGCUGUGGACAAAAUAUACAUACUGUAGUAAAGUUUGUUUUUCAUAGGAUAUCACUUUUUCUUCGUGUUUCAUAAUGUGAGAUUAGGAUAGGUUGUUGAUUUGUUGUCUUGGUUACAUUUGUAUCCAUAAUGAAGUGCUUUAGAAACCCUGCUUAAAAAAAAAGCUGGUUGGUUGGCCUUAGCUGGUUGCCCAGUCUGAGCAGCAUUUCCCAAAAGCAUCAUAAGCCUAGAUUGUAGAAACCAUUGGCGCCAAUAUUCUCUACGACCAACUUAAGCUUGUGAUGCUUUUGGGAAACUCAGCCCUGGUCUGUUGGCUGGUUUUAGAGGUGUUUGGUCACAUUUUAGCUGGUCAGGAAGGCCAGCUGAAACACCAGAUGAGGGUGACCUUCUUAAACAAGCUAAGAGCAGUCAACCAGCUUAGGCUGGUUUUAGAUUUUGCUGUUGCUGUUUCUUUUCUUUUUCUUCAACAGAGAAAGAAAAUACUACCAUUGUACCAUGCUUAUAUCAUAUUUUUGGACAUACCAUGGUUUUGAUUGUACUAUUGCAUUCUUUGAAGUACCUUUGAGUACCAUCUAAAUACCAUGGUACAUAUAGUAUUAUUCAGCACAAUUAUAUAUAUUAAAACACCAUGGUAUUGCCAUCAGAGACCAUCCCUGUUCAUGGUACCACCUCUGAACCUUUUUGUAUGGAACAUCUCAAAUCCACUUUUUUCCCCACAAAAUUUAACCUAAUGUUUAGCAUUUAUUUCCUAGCUACAUAUGUGUACAUUCUAAUAAGAGUGAAAAUUUUUAACACACAAAAAGGGAAGAGAAGAUUUGCUAAAAGAAAUAAUUUAGUAAAAUAAUGAGGUUUCAUUAGCCACAUGCUGGUGUUAGUAGUUUUAUCAGAACAGGUGUGAUUAACCUGCGUUGUAUUUAUUUUGUUGUUUUACCAGUUUGCCACAAGAGGGAGGUGUUUAUGUACUUUUGAAAUGAACUUUCAGUUCUAGUUGAACAGGACAAAGGGCUAUUCAUUCCGUCUUUGAGUGUAACUGUGAAUAGCUCUUAUUAUUAUUAUUAUUAUUAUUAUUAUUCCAAACAAAUGCACGCAUCAAAUCAGCUCCUUUUGAAAAUAUACUAAUUAAAA